CAGGAGGGAGGAGUGGGAGAGAGGAGGAGAGAGGGGAAAGUGAGCUCACGUUCACACGUUGGAAGAGGCUGGUCCUGCGAUGCCUUUGAAUAUUUCACUUUUCGGCAGUUUCCCAUCAGUCAGCCGCCCGCAUCCAGGCUGAGCGGGAGCUGCUACAGCCAUGGGGAGACCCGAGCUGUAAGAUAUUUCCUACGUUCCAGCUCCGGGCGCUCAGCUGCUGGGCACGCACCUCGCUGCUCUCACGCACAUCCCCUCCCGGCUCCCGGCGCAGCGCACCCAGCUCCCCAUGGAGAAAGUCCAGGGAGAAAUGGAGAUCGAGAGGUGGGAGCGAAGUGAAGAGAUCUCCGACGCGGAGAGGAAGGUUAUUCAGGAGACAUGGAGCAGAGUGUACGCCAACUGCGAGGACGUCGGGGUCUCCAUCCUCAUCAGGCUUUUUGUCAACUUCCCAUCGGCCAAGCAAUACUUCAGCCAGUUCAAGCACAUGGACGACCCGCUGGAGAUGCAGAGGAGCUUGCAGCUGCGGAAGCACGCCCAGAGGGUCAUGGGCGCCAUCAACACUGUGGUGGAGAACCUCAAUGACCCAGAGAAGGUCUCCUCCGUUCUGGCCCUGGUGGGCAAAGCCCAUGCGCUCAAGCACAAAGUGGAGCCCAUCUACUUUAAGAAGCUCACCGGCGUCAUGCUGGAGGUGAUCGCCGAGGCGUACGGCAACGACUUCACCCCGGAGGCGCACGGAGCGUGGACCAAGAUGCGGACCCUCAUCUACACCCACGUGACGGCCGCGUACAAGGAGGCGGGCUGGGCGUCCUACCCCAGUGCCACGCUGUGAGCGGACCGCGGGGCCAGGGCCAGGGGCAGGGAGGGAUGCGCUGCGCCAGGACUCCGCCCUGCUCUGAUCUCGAGGUCUUCGCUCCGCGCGGGGCCGGCGCUGGUAGAUGCCAAUCACAAUUGGAUCUCUAUAGGGUUUUAAAAAUAUAUAUACCAGUAAGCAAGCCAAAAACGAAGAACCACGGGGGCGUGGGUGGGUCGGGGUGAAGCAUGGGAUGUGGGCGAGGGGUGCGUUGGUUGUUGGCUCCAUCUCGCUGUGCUGGUCCAUAAUCACCUCCCAAAGCCCAUGCCUUGCCACACAGUGGUGUGCAGCACUGCCCACCCCUUUGCUUUCCAUGCCAAGCCCCCAGGACAGCCCAGCUUCUCGCUUCUGGGCGGCAGUGCUUUUCAGGACUGCUGCACUUUGCUUUGCCCGCGCUGCUCAUCCUCAUAGGGCAGCCAGCCCAGAGGCUGCAGCACCCAUCGCUCGCUUCAUCCGCAGCUCUCGUGGCUGUUUGUCGCAACCCAUCCUGGGGCAGAAGGGAGCAAGGGGACAGAUGUGCCACUCGUCCCCACUGCAGGAAGGCGGGAUGUCCCUGGGCGCCCUGCACAGUGCUGGGUCCCUGCGCCAGGGACAUGCACGAGGAUGGGCUCAAGUGACACACGUUGUGCCUUGGCCACUCUUUGUCUGUUGGCUGGGGAUGUGGGACCAGAGCCCCUUGCCUGGAGAGAGGGAAUUCAGGAAUUGGGAUAAGGAAAGGUCCAUAGCAGGAGGGAUGGGGUGUGAAGGGAGGUCCCUGCUCUGUUUAUGGUGACACUGCUUUAUGUAGGGAAUAUUCCUGCCCUCUGUGUUAAACUGGGCUCCUGCAAACAAAGUGCCUGGUAGAAGUCGGUCCAUGCGGUCACGGACCAGCAGUGCUCCCCCCACCCUGCCCAGGGGCUGCCCCAUGCCCCGUGAGGCUGUGGGGCCAUAGGUCUCAUCCUGCCCCGGUGCUGGGGCUGUGGGUGAGUCUGCGGGGUUUUGCUGCCUCAGUUUCCCUUUUGGCUGCAGAGAGUGGAGGGGAUGGAGGGGCAGCCCUACUGCCUCCCACACGCAUGUAGGACAGGCUGGUGGAAGGCUGGGGGUGAUUCGUUCCCUAGGAAGCUUUGGCAUCCUUGCCGCCCUCUAUUUCCCAAACUAUCUCCGUGAUUUUUAGAGCUCUGAUAGGGAUAAUGCCCGUGAUGGACACCAUAACGUCCCCACGAUGAUUGCCCUGCUCCAAGCUUCCAGCCAGCAAUUUCUGCUUUGCUCACCCGCUGCUUUUUAAACAUCCACAGGGAAUCUUUUGGGUUUUUUGGUUUUUUUUUUUUUUUUUUUGCUGUUUUGGGUGUUUUGCUGCCUAGCUGGUGACGUGCCCAGCCCUCUGCCUUUGGCCACCCCACUGCCGGGCCAGAAGAGGUGGAGGCAGGAGCCGGUCCUGUGUGUGUGUGAUGGAGUAAAUGGAAAUAACUGCUCAGGAUAGAGCCAACGUGUGCAGGGACAGAGGAGUUAGGAAAGGAAAGGGGCACAGGGUGACGAGGUGGGCCCAAAGCUGAGCCCACCAGCACUGUUUGCAGCAGCACCUCCCAACAGUCAGCUGUGCUCAUGGCUGCUUAGAAUCACCAUUGGGCUCAUGCAGAUGGGAGAAGCCCUGUUCAGCCUUUGACUUUGCUCCAGAGUGAGAGUAGAGAAGAAUUGCUUGGAGCAAGACCGUGGGGUUCUGAGUGCAUCACCCGACUCACAAGCAUAGAGAGCCUCCUGCCAAAACCCUGGGGCCAACAUUGCAUAUUUCCGAUUCGUUAGGCGCUCUCCGUGCUCUGCAGACCUGGGCCAGGUCUGUUAGAGAUGUUUCAUCUUUAGACAAAGUCCAUGCAUUAACCUUUGAGGUUAAUGUCCUCCAACCGGAAAUUUUUUAUUUGGGGCUGGUUUCUUCUUCCCUUUUUUCCCUUUUUUUUCCCCCAGAACAACCAUCCCAUGACUCCAUGUGUGCACGCAUGUGUGCGUAGGGCUGGCUGUUUUUCCAGGCAUAUUUUCUAAACCAAAUCCAGAUGUGUCCAGCUGCUGUCCCAUCCCAUUAGCCCCACUGCAAACCACUCAAACAGACGCAAACAAAAACAUGUUUAUUUUUAUCAGCUCUGUAGGACGUAAAAUGGAGCAGGGAGGGCGGCUGGGGCAGAGCGUGUGUAGGGAAGAGAUGGAGAUGGAGCGAACA